AUGGAAUCUGGCUCCGUGCCUAGAGUGUUGGCGGCGAGAACAGUCUUGUACCGUCACCUCAUUGUCAAACAUGAAAGAUGCCGAAUUAGAGCUAAGGUACGCGCUGGGAAACGAGAAGGUAUUAACGUAGCCAGAUGGGCUCGUCAUGUAGAGAGUCAGAAGGGCAAAAAGUCCUGUAUUAAGUCUUUAACUAACAAACAGGGUCGCAAGACCCGCUCAUCCCGUGCCGGGCUUCAGUUCCCCGUCGGUCGUAUCCACCGUCUUCUCCGUAAGGGAAACUAUGCUCAACGUGUUGGUGCCGGGGCCCCAGUCUACUUGGCCGUUGUGAUGGAAUAUUUGGCUGCCGAGGUGUUGGAAUUGGCAGGAAAUGCUGCCAGAGACAACAAGAAAUCAAGAAUUAUUCCCCGUCACUUGCAGUUGGCCAUCCGUAACGACGAAGAAUUGAACAAGCUUUUGUCUGGAGUGAUCAUCGCCCAGGGCGGUGUCCUUCCCAACAUCCAGGCUGUCCUUCUCCCCAGGAAGACUCAGAAGGCAACCAAAUUCUUUGCUGGUUUUAUGUUUGAAAAACAGGUAAAGGUUAACAACAAGAAUGCCAAACAUAUAAUUCAGGUGUUGUGUAACAUAGUUUUCACUAGAACUUUAAAGUUCUUUGAAAAUGAUUAUACAUUGGUGAAAGCUGUUUGA